AAUUCACUACUACUCCACUACUUGUCAAGUUAAGUUGUAACUUGACUUGUGAAUGUGAGGAAUAUAGCUUGAUUAUUAGUUUUAAUAAUUAAACCUAAAUUGAUAGAAAUGGCAAAGAAAUUAACUGGUGACUCUGUUCUUACAGCGCCACCAAAUAUGAAGAUGCCUCUUGUCGGCCUUGGAACUUGGCAGGCAGGGGAAGAUGUGAUAGAAGCUGCCCUCAAUGCCGCUCUAGAAGCAGGCUAUAGGCACAUUGACACUGCCUUUGUCUACAUGAAUGAAGCCGCCAUUGGGAGAGCUUUAAAAAAGUGGUUUGAUAGUGGGAAACUAAAACGUGAAGAACUAUUCAUCGUCACAAAGCUACCAAACAUAGCAAUGAACGAAAAAUAUGUGGAAAAGUACCUGAGCCAAUCGUUGUCUGAUUUGCAACUGACCUAUGUGGAUCUGUACCUGAUCCAUCAUCCCGUCGGACUGGUGCAUGGAGAGGGUCCUCUGCCUCGGGAUGAUAAGGGCAACAUCCUUGUAGAUAUGUCUACUGACCAUGCUGCUAUUUGGAAGGCAAUGGAGGCCCAAGUCGAUGCUGGACGGACAAAGGCUAUUGGAGUUUCUAACUUCAACAGCGACCAGAUUGACCGCAUUUUAAAGACAGCUCGGAUACCUCCGGCCAACAAUCAGGUGGAGCUGUACUUGUAUUGUCAACAGAAGCCUCUGCUGGAGUGGAGUAGACGUACUGGAGUAACUAUUUGUGCUUACGCUCCACUAGGAUCCCCCUCCAUGAGUCAGUUUGUCAAGGCCGUCUGUGGCUCUGAUGAAGGGAUCAAAGAACUAAACCCUCUCGUGGACCCUGUGGUGGUUCGAAUAGCUGAGGCUCACAACAAGACUGAAGCACAAGUGUUGCUAAGGCAUCUACUGCAGCUUGGAGUAGCCGUCAUACCAAAGAGCAGCAAUCCUUUAAGGAUCACCCAAAACUAUCAGGUUUUUGAUUUUGAACUAACUGAAGCAGAGAUGGCUCAACUCAACGCUCUAGACAAAGGAGAAGAAGGCAGGCGGUUUAUCGGUGGAAUUUUUAAAGGGAUUGAAGUUCACCCUGAAUAUCCAUUCAAGUAAUCCCACUCAUUGUAUCUGGAGAAGAUUACUUUCCACACAGCACUAUUACAUCACAUCAUAGUAGGCCUAUUAUAGACCUGAUCAAGUAAUCACUUUAUAAAAAAAACAACAAAAAAACAGAACACUACUGAAAUACCAGGAGAAUAGUAGGCCUACCCAACAAAUUUAAUAUUUACAAAAAUUAAAAUGUGGACUUAAAAAAUGUUAUCCAUAUAAUAGCAUCAAUGCUAAAAUGAUUAUAAGUAAUGCUAGUGGGGCAAAACUAACAGUGUCUUAGUGAAAUAUUAGAACUAAAAUUCUCCAAUUUGGCCUGACAAUGCCUGGUGUGACCAAUUAAAAAAAUUCCCUAUGGGAACAUCAUUUGCCUUUUCGUACAAGUUUACAGUAAGUGUUAUAUCAAAGAGGGUUAAAGGUCUAUUUUAUUAUACCCAUUUUACUAUUAAUUUUGCAAAGUAACACACACUGGUAAGUAUAUAUUUUGAUGUACAAAGUAUUAAGUCCGUCCACGUUAAAUCAUCAAUAACUUGUCAUUUAUGGAUUAGACAUGGAACAUUUUUACAGGGUUAUUUGGGUCAAGCAAUACUGUUUUCAAUAUAAAUAUAUUUUUAAGUUUUCAAAAAUAUUGCUGUUGAAUUUGAAAGUUUUAUUUGAAAUUGUUUUCUUCUUUAAAUGUUUAUAUACUAUUGUUGACUAUUGUCCUGUUCAUGCAUUCAGAUAUAAUAAGUGGAAUGAAUGAUAUGUUCAUAAUAAGUAUGUUGUUGUUAUUAAUUUUCAAAGUGCUCUUAUCUUUUUAUGUGAGGCAUGAACAACAU